UUACAUUAAGGGCUUUUGUGUUUCGUGUAUUUGUUCUUCGUUAAAAAUAUAAAUUUAAAUGGAUAAAUACAACCGUGCCUGGCGAGAUCCCAAAUCCCCCCUAACACCAAUAACGCCACUGUCAACUCAGGUCUUUAGCUUUGAAAAAAUGGCGUCGCCGCACACUCCCGCCGAGGAGCCACGGAAAAAUACGUUUAAAGGCCUGAAGCCAAGUCGCUUUAAAUAUUCAAGCGAGUUUAUGCGUAAGCGAUGUGUCUUUUCGCCAAAUGCCCAAAGCACUGUAUGUGGAUCUAGCCCUUUAGUCUUCCCGCCCAAGUCAACACGUUCAAUAAAGAAGGAAAAUUCUUCAGCUAGUACAGCAAAUUUGUCCACAACAAGGCCACAAGUACAUAAGUUUAAGCGUAGCUCCCCGGUGGAGCAACCUUCACUGUGUCCUCGUGUUCGUUCUCUCCUAGAUCGCACAGGCAACGGACACCUUACUGAGUUGUUUACUCGUCAGGAAAUCGAUAUUGAUGUGCUCAUACAGAUGACUUUGGAAGAGUUGGAAAAGCUGGGAGUUCGGGGCGCCAAAGAGCUGAAGUUGGCAAUUGAUGUUAUUAAGCUUGCCAAAAGGUUCUUUUAAAUUUUUAAUUUUGUUUGAGUUACGUGUGUCCUGUGUUGUAACAAAUUUUG